UUCUGUCCACCGCUCGUGUUUUCGUGGCGCUUUCAUCAGUCGCUGAAAUAUUCACCAAUUGUAUCUGUAUUUUGAAACGCAAAUAUCAAACUUUAUAUUUAUUAUAGCCUACAGAGUUAUAUUGUGUUAUGGAUCGCACUUGCUUAGUGCGAUAUGGCGCAGAGGGCGGCGAGAAGUUUGGGGUUUGCCUUACUUUGCUAAUUGUUUUUUCCUAAAUGUAUCGUUUAUUAUUGUUUUCACUUGUUUUCCACUCUCUCUAGUGGUAUAUAUUCAGGUUUUAGGACAUUCUUCGGCUGUUUAAUCUGUUGCACGUGAAGUGUUAACGAAGUUUAUUUUUCAUUAUCGUUGUUUUAAAUGGCGUAUUUAUCAUUAAAGGGCAAUUUAAGGAUUAUAUAUGAUGGCGUAUGAAUUGUAGGUUGAUUUUAACCCUAUAGACAGUAACUGAAAAUGUUGAAGCGUGGAGCAGGUAGCAAAAGCUACAGUCCGUACGCGACGAGUCAGCGGGUUAAGAAAACAAACAGCAAAAAUAAAUUGGACAUCUUACCAAAUAGACCCAACGUCUGGCUCAAACAGCUCACUGCUCUUCAAGAGCAGCCACGGAAAGAUGCAGUCGAUGGAGCCACUUCCUCCCACACCUCUGCCAGUCCCUUUCCCACGAUCCUGGAUGUCCCUUCCUCCUGUCCAGGUACCCCCUUGACCCAGCACACUAAGCUGGUGGGCUGCCCAUCCCCGAUGGGCACCUUGAAGCGCCCCACUUCUCUGAGUCGCAAUCCGAGUGCGGCGGGCUUCCCGAUCCAGUCUUGGGUCUUCAGUAAGGGCGCAGGAAAAUCCGUCAUUGCCCAGAGUCCCUCGUCAGAGACCCCUGAGUCCACAGUGGCUAUCGAGGUGGAGGACAUUCCCUCACUGCUGCGUAUUGUGGAACGGUUUGCCAAAGCGGUGGAGAAACUGAAAGAUGUUGUGCUUGAAGACAAACAGGAGAACCGCCGGCCGUUGGCCCAUGAGUGUUUGGGGGAAGUUCUGCGUAUCCUGCGGCAUGUCAUCAGCAUGUACCCCCUCCUCAACACUGUGGAGACACUGACCGCUGCCGGCAAACUCAUCUCACAGGUCAAAGGAUACCACUAUGAAGUGUGCAAUGAAGCAGACAAGAAAGAUUUUGAGAAAGCCAUCGAGACUAUCGCUGUUGCGUUUAGCAGCAAUGUCUCAGAGCUCUUGAUGGGAGAGGUGGACAGCAGCACUCUGUUGUCCGUGAUGCCCACAGAGAGAAGCAGAUCUAUGGAGAAUCUUUCUGGUCACGAGUCUUCGCACACAUGGAGUGACUCAUCUGAGCUGGUAAUGAGUUCAGAAGAGGUGGACAUUAUACUGCAGCGCAGUGAAGGAGGUGUCGAAUCCGCCCUGACGUACGCCAAGACCAUCUCCAAAUACAUGAAGGAUCUGAUCGGCUAUGUUGAGAAAAAGCUUGCGCUGGAGCUGGAGUUCUCCAAAGGUCUACAAAGGAUCUAUCAGUCAUGUAAACAGACAAUCACACAACCCCAUAUGCCGUUUUUCUCCAUCUACUCUCUGGCACUGGAGCAGGACCUGGAGCAGAGCGCUGGGAUGCACCAGGCAGCCUCUACCCUGCAGAACCAAACCUUCAUCAUGCCUCUUCUACUCCGCAAACAAGAGCAUGAGAAGAAACGCAAGGAGAUCAAGGAACAGUGGUUAAAAGCCAAGAGAAAGCUGAUUGAGUGUGAGGCUAAUCUGCGCAGGGCUAAGCAGGUCUACAUGACACGCUGUGAGGAAUAUGACAAGGCGAGGACAGCGGCUAACAGGGCUGAGGAGGAGGGUGGAAGCUCUACCACCAAAACCGUUGACAAGAAGAAACGACUGGAGGAAGAGGCCCGCAACAAGGCUGAGGAGGCGGAGGCCACAUACAGGACCUGCAUCGCAGAUGCGAUCACACAACACCAGGAGCUUGAGCACAUGAAGGUCACAGUUCUGCGACAGAUCCAAGAGGUCAUCAAACAGACGGACCAGACGAUCCGCUCCGCCACCAUCUCCUAUUACCAGAUCAUGCACAUGCAGACUGUCGCACUGCCGGUUCACUAUCAGACACUGUGUGAAAGCAGUAAACUGUACGACCCUGGACAACAGUACGGCACUCAUGUCAAAGACCUUCAGAUGAUCGAAGAGCCCGAGACCCAUUACGAGUUUGAGCCCUAUUCUGCCUCCACCAGCCAGCCGUCAGCCAGAGCUUGUUCUGACAGUGCUAAUGCAGAUUCUCAGAGUACCACUGAAGUACCGCCCUCUGCAGGAGAUGCAGGGGAUACAAGCUCCUCUCAAAAAGACGAACUGAAGAGAGCUCGAGGUCACAUGACCCACAAAUCCUGGGGCUCUACAGUGAGUGAUACAGACAGUGUUGGAGGAGGAAGUGGCCUGGGAUCUCCUACAACCAGCACUGGUGACAUAAGUAAAAUGGCCUGGACAUCAUCAACUGGAACAAUGUCAUCAAAUGAAGAUCCGGAUGAAAGGGACUCAAAUGUUGCUUCCUUUGAAACUCCAAAUAUAAACGGCAUCGAACCUGAAAUGGCAGUGCCCACCGGGCCAUUUCGGAAUAUCGGGUUGUCGAAAGCCGCUCAGACCCACAAAAUGCGUAAAUUGCGCUCCCCAUCCAAAUGCAGAGAAUGUGACAGCUAUGUUUAUUUCCAGGGAGCUGAGUGUGAAGAGUGUUUCUUGGCCUGUCACAAGCGCUGCUUGGAGACUUUGGCAAUUCAGUGCGGCCACAAGAAACUCCAGGGCCGACUGCAGCUCUUUGGGCAGGAUUUCUCGCAGGUGUCUGCCAACAGCCCUGAUGGCAUCCCCUUCAUCAUCAAGAAAUGCAUCGGUGAGAUCGAGAGAAGAGCUUUGAGAAUGAAGGGCAUUUACCGGGUGAACGGGGUGAAGACACGGGUGGAGAAGUUGUGCCAGGCAUUUGAGAAUGGCAAGGAGCUGGUAGAGCUGUCACAAUCUUCACCACAUGACAUCAGUAAUGUACUGAAGCUCUACCUGCGACAGCUUCCAGAGCCUAUCAUGCUCUUCCGUCUGUACAAUAAUCUGAUGGGUCUGGCUAAGGAAAGCCUGGCAGUAGUGGGUCCAGAGGGAGCCGAAGCUGGUAAAGGGCCCGACCUGGUGGACCUUGGCCCUGAGAUGGACCCUGAACUUCUGGCCCUUGUGGACAGACUUAAAAAUCUGCUUAAAGAGCUGCCUAAGCCAAACACCAGCACUCUCCGCUACAUAGCACGACACUUGAGAAGGAUUGCAGAGCUGGAAGACGACAAUAAGAUGAGCCCAAGUAAUCUAGGAAUCGUGUUUGGCCCCUCACUGAUGCGACCACGGCCCUCAGGGGCCACAGUGUCACUGUCCUCUCUGGUGGAUUACCCAUACCAGGCACGCAUAGUGGAGACCCUUAUUGUGUUUUACUCCUCCAUCUUCCAUUCUGAGUCCAGUCGGCCUUCAAGCACUAGCACAACCCGCUCACAGUCUCUACAACAGGAUAGCAGUAUUGAUGGAGAAGAACACUGUUUACAUGACAGCGAUGAACGAGGGGUCACAGAUGAAUGCAGUGGGGCAGAGUUAGACAAGUUGGAGGACCACGCAGAGAGCUCCACAGGAACACCAGGCUCUCUGGAGCAAAGUCUGGACUCUGAAUCCGAGCCAGAGGAUGAAGGGGGCAGAUGUGAACUACAGCCCCCCAGCCCUACAGAACCCAUUAACCCACCUGUCCUUCUGGUAAACCUUCAGAGCCCCUCUGUGUUAUACAACCACCCCCCUGCCCUCCCUGAAUGUGAACCUCCAGAGUUGGACGAAACAGAGGAAGUACCAGCAAGCUCACUGGCAAUGUUAAGUAUCAAUUAGC